UCGAGCCUACUUUGAACUGGACAUUAGGCGGGGCAACAUUGGCGCCCAUACAUUUCACUUCAUUCCCCUGCUUCGUCUCUAAUCUCUCUCUCUCUCUCUCUCUCUCCACAACCACCACAUCCAUGGACUCCGACGCCGAGUCCGCUCUCAUCUCCAAACUCUAAUCCUUCGAUCUCCACCACCUCCACCACCUCUUCUUCGAUUACUUAGGCCAUUCACUGAUCUCACCACCACCACCAAGCCCAAAAGAUCCAAAAAACCAUCAAACGCCGCCGCCGAAGACCACCAAUCCUCCUUCUGAUCUCUCGCCAAGAAGUUCCUCUCCUUCCUCAAUCGCUCCCUCUCUCUAAUCCCCAAACGCCUCUCCGAAACCCCCAAACUCGACCCCCAACUCGCUCUCCAAUUGUUCACCACUUACAAGCUCUGCUUGAAUUGCUUGUAACUUAUCUCUUCUCAGUUGUCCUGUAAACCCUACUCCUUUCACAUCCAGAGGGCUCGCUUGAUUCAUUGCUUUGAGGCCUGGGGACGCUACGGUGAUGCUGAAAUAGAGGGGUUUUCGGUUCUGGAGAGUCUUCGGGGGAUUGAGAUUGGCGGUACGGGGUCGAAAUUGGUGAAGAAGAAGUUUCAGUAUGUUCCGAAUUUGGGAAAUGAGAGUGUGGAUCAUGAGUUUGCUUUUUUGGAUGUGGAGAUUGUUGUGACGCUUGUGAAGUGUGUUUCUAUGAAGCAAAGCAAAGAGGAAGGACAUUACCGGAGGGUACUCACUUUGGUGGAUGAGGUCUCACCAUGGUUCAGGGUUUUGGAUGCAAGUGCACAUGAGAAGUUGCACAGGAUUCUUGUGACAAAUCUGAGUAAAUGUACUUUAUUUUUGGUUGGAGACCUAACGUGUUUCAACAAGGAUCUGUUGUGUGAGGUCUGCUCAGCAACAUUUGCCGAGUACCCAAAAUCAAAUAUGAAAGAUCAACUGCCUAAGGUUAGGGUGUUAUGUGAGAAGGCUAAGGGGAUUCUAUUGGAAGAAAGUAAUGUGACCAUCUUUUGUCUUGACUCUUCCCGAUAGGAAUAAACAAACUUGUCCAAUAUGCCAUAUAAUGUGGAAGUAGUAAACAGUUCAAAUUGAUUCUUAUUCUUCACUAAUUCUUCACUUUGAUUCUUAUGUUUAUAAGUAUAUUUUUCUGUACUGCUAGUUAUCAGUACUUGAUACAUUGAUGCCUCUUGUAUUUUUCUGCACUUAUUACGCACAUUAUCCCAUAGUGAUUAACUUUAUGAUAUCUUGAAUUGAAUUGGCAUCAGGGUUCUUCACAAUCUGCCAUCCUCGGUGAAGCCACCAUCAACUUGUUGAUUAUGCUGAUGUACUGAAGCCUUCUGCCAUUGCACUGCCUCUACAUGGA